CGAUGAGGAAGCUGCACAGCAACAUGGGAAGUGCAACAGCAAAGAGGAACUUGACAGAUGCCAGAAAGCAGAAAGUGUAGAAAGAAGUGACUUUAAGACAAGUUAAAGUAACACAUUGGGCAUGAAGAUGAUUUUCCUUGUGCUGGUAUUUCUUCUGGGAGGUUUAUGGGAGACUGAAGCUCUGUCGGAAACAGGAAUGGCCGGAAAGGAGGUGACAAUAAGAUGCUCUCACUCGUACGCAUCUACCAACGUCAAGUAUUUCUGCAAGGGAGCGUGUGACGAGGAAGACAUCCUAGUCCGCAGCAGCAAACAUAAGGAUUCAAACGGGAAAUACAGUAUCAAAGAUGAAGGAAACACAUUCACUGUGACCAUCUCUGGUCUGACCGAGGACGACUCAGGAACUUACUGGUGCGGAAUAGAGCGAGUGGGUGUGGACACAUACAAUGAAGUCGUCCUCACGGUCAUAAAGGAGGAUUCACAAUCAAAUUCCAAUACUUCAUCCUCCAAUAAGCUGGUGUACAUUGGAGCGUGUCUCGGGGUGGUGCUGCUGGCUCUGUCGGUGGUCCUUUUAUUAGUCUUCAGACAUCGAAACAGAUACUUCCAUGCAUCUCCUGGAUUGAACGACGGCGCGGCCGAUGCCACGGUUUCCCCUCAGAAACAAGAAAAAGGCAACCUCACUUCUGCCAACAAGCAUCAGGUCCAACUGGACGACCUUCUCUACACCACAGUUAGCUUCAGUAAACACUCAGACGACAGCACGGACACACCUGGCGCCGAGCUCACGUACUCUACCGUCAAACACAAGGCAACCGAUAAAUCGCUCUACUGCAAAGUCCCUCCUUUGCACUGAUCAUCUUAAGUGCAGCUUGUUCCUCUUUCUAAAGGUCAACGUCACGCUAAACUGAAAAUAAACACCAAUCACACUUUUUUCUAAGAAAACAACAAAUUCACAGAAUGUAAGUACUUCAGAAUGUAUUUAUUGUUUGACAAAUACGAAAUUUAGGAAUAUAUAAAUAUGUUAAAGUACUUUAAUAUUAGAAUCAUGUUCAAUCUUUUUUUGAUUUUAGCCUAAUAAA